CUCCCAGCCCCCCCCAACCGGGAUUUUCGCCGUCGUCCAUAUCCGACCUAGGGCAGACGACGACUGGUCGAACUAUUACUCCGUACUUGAUAAAACCCAGCGGAUCCGUCCUUUCCCCCAAUUUGCAUUGAUUCCAGGUCGUCUUAUCAUUUCUCGGGUCCAGGCAAAGAUCAUCAACGCAGGUACCAAGUCUGCUACUCGUUGUCCGCGUGUCUCUGUGUGUGUGUGGGCGUGGGAAACAGCUACCAGAAAGAAAGAAAAAAGUAACAAUGGCGAAAAUGCUCAACGGCAACGAAGUCGCCCAACACGCUUCGCGCGACUCGUGCUGGGUCAUCGUCUCGGGCAAGGUCUACGAUGUCACUGAAUAUCUCGACAAACACCCCGGCGGCCCCCAGAUCCUGUUGCAGUACGGCGGCAAGGACGCGACGGCCAUGUACGAGCCCAUCCAUCCUCCCGGCACCAUUGAACGCUCCCUACCCAAGGACAAACACCUGGGACCGGUAGAUCCGGCCACGGUGUCGAGCCUCUCUUCACCCCAAGUGACUCGCGACCUCGACAAGACGGCCCGGAUCCCCCUCGCCCACUGCAUGAACCUGGACGACGUUGAGAAGGCCGCCACGCGCAUCAUCCCCCACAGCGCCUACGUCUACUUCAGCUCCGCGGCCGACAGCCUGGGAUCGCUAGCCAACAACCGGCAGGACUGGAAGAAGGUCACGCUGCGCCCGCGGGUGAUGCGCAAUGUUCGCCGGGUGGACAUGACGCGGGUCAUGCUGGGGACCAAAUCCCGGCUGCCCUUCUUCAUCGCCCCGGCCGCGCGGGCGAGGCUGGUGCACGAGGACGGCGAGCUGUGCCUGGCGAGGGGCGCGGCCAGGCGAGGCAUCCCCUACUGCCCGAGCACGUACUCGACCGUGCCGCACGACGAGCUGAUGCAGUGCCUGACCGCGGAGAAGGAGAAGGUGCAGUUCCGCAACUUCGCGCCCGAGGAUGGCGGCACGCUGUGGUUCCAGCUGUACGUCGCGCACGAGAAGGAGCGCACGCUCGAGCUGAUCGCCAUGGCGAGGGACCUGGGCUACAAGGCGCUGGUCAUCACGGUCGACACGCCCGUGGUGGGCAAGCGCGAGGAGGACGAACGCUACCGCGCCGAGCUGGCCACCGCGAGCGGGGACAAUUCCGUCCUGACGGAAUGGUACAAGCCGGCCAACGAGGACGACGAAAACAGCCCGCCGCUCAGGGGCCACCACUCGUCCACCCUCAACUGGGACGACCUGCCCUGGAUCCGCGAGGCCUGGCGCCAGGGCCGGCAGGACGCCGGCCCUAUCGCCAUCAAGGGCAUCCAGACCGCGGAAGACGCCGCGCUGGCUGUUCACGGAUACGGCGUCGAUGCCAUCUACCUGAGCAACCACGGCGGCCGCCAGUGCGACGAUGCGCCCUCGUCCAUCCGCACCCUGCUCGAGAUCAGGAAGUUCUACCCCGAGCUGCUGAAGAAGGCCGAGGUCUACCUGGACGGAGGAGUUAGGAGGGGCGCCGAUGUCAUCAAAGCCCUGUGUCUCGGGGCCAAGGGCGUGGCCCUGGGACGGCCCUUUAUGUAUUCGGUCGCCAUGGGGGACGAGGGCGUGGCCAGGGUGAUUCAACUCCUGUCCGAAGAAAUCGAGACCACCAUGCGCUGCAUGGGCGUGACGUCCCUCGACCAAUUGAAUCCGUCGUACGUGAACACCAAGCUUUUGGAGCUGGAGAUCCCGGACCGCUUGGCCACAGGGGACGAGUCGGAAUAUGGCGAGGCUUGGGUCAAGGGCCUGAAGGCGAGGCUUUAGAACAAAACAUGCCGCUCGUCCCACGGAAACCGAAACCGACGGGGCAUUCGAAUUGUCCAGGCUAUCAAGGUCUACAGAGGGCGCAACGGAGAUUGGGACGACGUGUAUAUCUGCGACUUUCUGCUUUUCUGGCAAGCGAUGUUUAAAGGACAAAACAGGGAGGAGUAGAGAGCUCAGAACGUGCUUUUAAAAUGGACUCUAGCCCACAAGUAAGAAGAGAUAGAUUGGGACUCAUGGCUGCAACACUCUAUUCACCUCCUUCGCCUGCCUGUCGGGCAUGAGCCCGUUCCUCCUUCGCCAAGGGGGUGAAGAAUGGCUUCUCUUCCCUUUGAAUUGUUACCAAGGCAAAAUGGUCUGGUGGCAGGAAUGGCACUUCAAGACGGGGCGUGGUAGACAAACCCCCUGCGUGAACGAUGAUGGUUAUCGCAGUUUGAAUGAUAAGUAGAGGAUGAAUAUGCUUCUCUGCAUUGUAAAUGCGCGC